ACGCACAGCGCUCGUGCGUAAGCGGAAACCAUGACGUCAUAUCUGCUGUUUUGGCCCCCAGUGCAGGCUGUCGCAAGUGUAGACGUCAUUUUCGUUUCAGGAAUACAUCACGGUUUUGCUAGUAACACUAUGCAGCACAUUUCAUGUGCACUAGCUUUGCACGAGCAGUAGCGUGUGUCAGCUUGAGGGUUUGGAGACGCUGCUUUUGCAGAAGGUAGAAAGCAGAGCAUGACGCCAUGAGCUGAGUGCUGAAACGUUUGAGAUCAAAGGCACCGCAGUUGAGAUCAAAGGCACCGAACGCCGCGGUUACAUCUGUUGCCAUGCAGCAGUCGGAGAGCGGCGGAGGGGCGGCGACUUCUGAAGUCCAGCUCAACGACCAACCCAACGCGCUCAUCGCGUGUAAAGUGCCAGAAGAGGUUUUUAAUGAGCAGCAGUUAAAGGAGCAGUUUGAAGCUUUGUUCCGUGCGUUUGAUCCCAGCACGUCGUUCCAGUUCUUCAAAAGCUUCAGACGGGUUCGGAUCAAUUUCACCGAUGCGUUGGCGGCAGCCGAGGCCCGAGUCAAACUUCAUAAGAGUGACUUCAAUGGAAAGGAGAUGCGUCUGUAUUUCGCUCAGUCAGUACAUAUCGGCAGUCCUCGUCUUGAGCCUCCUAAACCAGAGAAGCAGUUCCUCAUCUCUCCUCCAGCGUCGCCCCCUGUAGGCUGGGCGCAGUCGCAGGACGCUAAGCCCAUCAUCAACUAUGACCUGCUGUGUGCUGUGUCUAAACUAGGACCAGGAGAACAAUACGAGCUCCACACUGGAACCACUAACACACCCAGUGUGAUCGUACACGUUUGUGAGGACGACAGCUCCGACGGCGAAGACGAGACAGGAGAGGGCGGCAAACCUGCGCGACCCAAGAUCAUCCAGACCCGCCGCCCAGAUUACGUCCCAUCCGUCAACCAGUGAGCGGCUAAUUCAGGGCCGUUUCAUCUUCGCAACCAACACUGGAAUAACUAGGAAGCAUGCGGUCAUGCAGCACCGGGGAGGCCGGCGAGCAUCAGAUCCUCUUCCUAGUUAGCGAGGGAGUCGACCAUCCUCAUAUCUCGCGUUUCAUUUCUUACCAUCCAUCUCUGAUGGAGUCAGGGACUUUGAGAACUUGGGAGAGUCCCUCUCAUCUUACGAAUGUCAUUAUUUGCUUGACGUCACAACUGUGUAUUUUAAUAAUCCGAGAGAAAAGCUGAAGGAGUUUUCGUGCAGCACAAACAAACUGAACAUCGUGUCUGAAGUGUGUAUCGUUCGGGGCCACUAACAUGUACUCAUCGCCAUCAUCAUGUAUCAUCUCUACGUUUAGUCACUCGUACAGUCUUUGAAAGUCAUUAUUAUUGUUGCUGAAUUUCUUCACGAGCUCCAAGUAUUAUGCACUUUAAAAAUAGAGCCUUAUAAUGUGGUAAACGGUAACACUUUACAAUAA